UUGUUGGCUUGUCGCGCUGCACAAACGCAACACUUUAGCACACGUGCCCCUCGUCGGCACGCCGCGCCACACUUGAGUCCCACGCGCAGUUCCAAAUACACAAAUCGCAACACUUUGUUUGGGUUAGCCUCCACGGCUAACUAGUGCUAGCUUGGCGGCACAACAUUUGAGCGUGGAGUGAGUUCAUGUUCAUUCAUACGUCGACACCAAACGUCAAAUUCGGCCACACGAAACGUCUUCACACUCUUGCUUGCUGGCUUCGACAGUGCCCGCCCGCGCGUGCACGCGUCUACACUUUGUUAGCCUGCGCGCGCGGCUAACAGUGCUAGCGAAAACCACCACAUUCUGAGUCAACCAAAGUGUCACGUUCAUGUAACUGUCGGCCGAAACUGUCAAGUUGGGUCACUUGACAUUUUCUUUGUUUACACUCUCAUGCGGCUGUUGCUGAAGUCUUUUUAUCGAGUGAUUGGGGAGGAACGACUUAGUUUCGCAUUCCGGGGGACCGGAACGAGAUUUUCAGGAAAUUCAAGUCAAAGCUGGCAAGCGUCCGCUAUGAAGAAGAGAAGUUUGUCUCUUCAGCUGGUGAAAAGCUUAGGUCAAAGAUGAACAUUCCCAUUCCCAAAUGUGACGACAGGAUGCUGAACUGUAGGAACCCCGAGCUCCACGAGGAGCUGCAGAUCCAGGCGGCGGUGGCGGCGGGUGACGUAUACACAGUGCGCCGCAUGCUGGAGCGCGGAUACUCACCCAAGAUCCGCGACGCCAACGGAUGGACGCUGCUGCACUUCUCGGCCGCCAAGAGCAAGGAGCGAUGCGUGCGCGUCUUCCUGGAGCACGGAGCGGACCCGACGGUGAAGGACUUAAUCGGGGGCUUCACGGCGCUGCACUACGCCGCCAUGCACGGGCGCGCUCGCAUCGCCCGCCUCAUGCUGGAGUCGGACUUUUGCGGCGACAUCAUCGACGCCAAGAGCUACGACGGCUGGACGCCGCUGCAUGUGGCGGCCCACUACGGCCGCGACUCCUUUGUGCGCCUCCUGCUGGAGUUCUGUGCCCGAGUGGACCCGCUGAGCGACAAGGGCACCACGCCGCUGCAGCUGGCCAUCAUCCGCGAGCGCUCCAGCUGCGUGCGCAUCCUGCUGGACCACGGCGCCAACAUUGACAUUCAGAACGGCUUCCUGUUGCGCUACGCCGUGAGUAAGGGCAACCACUCGUACUGCCGCAUGUUCCUCCAGCGUGGCGCCGACACCAACCUGGGCCGGCUGGAGGACGGCCAGACGCCGCUGCAUCUAUCGGCGCUGCGCGACGACGUGCUGUGCGCGCGCAUGCUCUACGCUUACGGCGCCGACACCAACGCCAGGAACUACGAGGGCCAGACGCCCGCCGCCGUCUCCGUCAGCAUGUCCAGACACAACAGGCCGUGUCUGGACUUCCUGCAGGACGUCACAAAACGUCCUCGGAGCCUUCAGGACGUGUGUCGCAUCAAGAUCCGCCAGUGUGUCGGCCUGCAGAGGCUGUGUCUCCUGGAGGAGCUUCCCAUCGCCAAGGUCAUGAAGGACUAUCUCAAACACAAGUUUUAAUGCUGCCGCCGGGGACGAGUCGGGAAAAGAGGUAAAGACCUCUGCUGUGACUCGGCUCGCCUUUCGGAAGUUCGGCCCGAGGGGGCCGGUCGCCUGUCGUCUUCCCGCCCAGUUGCGUGCGGAAAGUGCGAUUCGUGGCUUGCUGUCCGGUGAGCUGGUACAAUGUAAAUACCUUACAGAUAUUUUUCUACCUUUAUUUAAACACCGCUCAUAUGAAAGACUUGGUGUGUGCGCGUGCGCGCGUUUGUACACGUGUGCAUUUGUGCGUGUUUGUGCUCGUGUGAAUGGAAAAACAGUUCUGGAAUGCCACGGAAAUUUCUUGGCUGAUGGUGAAGA